AUGUGGCCGGGGAGUCUCCUGCUCUUGUCUUUUCUCCUUUCUCCAGUUCCAGAGGGAGCUGUGAGCCAACUCCCCAAGGCAAAGAAGUAUGAAGUGGUCUAUCCUGUGAGACUUCAUCCGCUGCACAGAAGGGAGCUGGCGGAGCCCGAGCACCAGGAUCCAUCUGAAACCAAAGUAAUAUAUGAAAUGAAAGUUAAUGGAAAAGUUACAAGGCUUUAUUUGAAGAAAAACAAGAAUCUCCUUGCGCCUGGUUACACGGAAACACAUUAUAAUUCCAUUGGAGAGGAGGUUACCACAAGCCCGCAAAUCAUGGAUGACUGCUACUACCAAGGCCAUAUCAUUAAUGAGGAAGCUUCUGAUGUCAGCAUCAGCACCUGCAGAGGUCUCAGGGGCUACUUUAGCCAUCGGGGUGCGAGGUACUUCAUUGAGCCACUGAGCCACAGGAAUCAGGAUGACCAGGAGCACGCACUCUUCAAGGAGGACCCCGAGGGAGACAUAGCCAAUGGCACCUGUGGCAUGGCUGAUGAGUUGUGGGCACAGGGGUCACCCCACAGUCUGGAUUUACCUGCCACCAGACUGGUCAAGAUGAAUGAUGGGAAGAUUCAGGAACAGAAGAAAUAUAUAGAAUAUUAUGUGGUCCUGGAUAAUGGUGAGUUUAAGAAGUACAACAAAAAUCUAGAUGAAAUAAGAAAGAGAGUAUUUGAGAUGGCCAACUACAUUGACAUGCUGUAUAAAAAGCUCGAUGCUCACGUGGUCUUAGUUGGGCUGGAAAUCUGGACGGAUGAGGACAAGAUCAAGAUAACCCCCAAUGCCACCUCCACCCUGGAGAACUUUUCUCAGUGGCGGGGGAGAAACCUCCUCAGCCGGAAGGGCCACGACGUCGCUCAGUUGGUUUCCUCUGCAGACUUUUCUGGAGCGACGGUGGGCCUUGCUUUCCUCUCUUCCAUGUGCUCUCCUUAUCACUCCGUUGGCAUCAUUCAGGACCACAGUAGCAAUCACCUUCGAGUAGCAGGCACCAUGGCCCAUGAACUGGGCCACAACCUCGGAAUGUUCCACGAUGACUUCAGCUGUAAGUGUCUCUCCGCAGUCUGUGUGAUGGAGAAGUCGAUAAGAUUCCGCAUGCCCACAGACUUCAGCUCCUGUAGCCGAGCCACCUAUGACAAGUUCCUUGAAGAUAAAGCACCAAAUUGCCUUUUAAACACUCCACUGCCCGCGGAUAUCAUAUCUGUCCCCGUGUGCGGAAACCAGCUGGUAGAAACGGGAGAGGAUUGUGACUGUGGGGCUCCUGAGGAAUGUACAAACGUUUGCUGUGAUGCUAAAACCUGUAAAAUCAAAGCAGGCCUUCGAUGUGCUGCAGGAGAAUGCUGUGAAAGAUGCCAGUUUAAAAAGGCUGGGGCUGUGUGCAGAGCAGCAAAGCACGAGUGUGACCUGCCUGAAAUGUGUGAUGGUAAAUCGAGUCACUGCACAGAGGACCGGUUCCGAGUCAAUGGCUUCCCUUGCGGCCACGGCAGGGGCUACUGCUUGAUGGGAAGAUGCCCCACCCUGGAGCAGCAGUGCCGGGAGCUGUGGGGGCCAGAAACGAAGGUGGCAGAGACGUCCUGUUACCACAGGAAUGAAGACGGGACGCAGUACGGAUACUGUCACGUAGUGAACGGCACGCCCGUCCCCUGUGAAGCGAAAGAUUUCAUGUGUGGGAAGCUGUUUUGUCAAGGUGGGUCAGGUAAUCUACCCUGGAAAGGAUUUACAGUGACUUUCAAGACCUGUAAACUGUUUGAUCCUGAAGACCCAAGUCAAGGACUAGACAUGGUGGCCAAUGGUACCAAGUGUGGAAAUAAGAAGGUGUGCAUGAAUGCCGAAUGUGUGGACGUGGAAAGGACCUACAAGUCCACCAACUGCUCCUCCAAGUGCAAAGGGCACGCGGUGUGCGACCACGAGCUGCAAUGCCAGUGCGAGGAAGGGUGGGCCCCGCCUCACUGUGAGGAUUCCUUCACUGUCUUCCAUUUCUCCAUUGUGGUGGGAGUUCUCUUCCCGAUGGCAGUCAUAUUGGUGGUGGUCGCAAUAGUAAUCCGGCACCAAAGUGCUCGAAGAAAGCAGAAGAAGGUGCAGAGGCCACUACCCACCAGGAACAGCAGGCCACACAAGCUGAAGCCUAAAUCCCAGACGCCAAAGGCUGUUCGACCCCAAGAGAUGAAUCCAAUGGAGAAGCUUCCUGUGUCCGAUCUGCCCGUGGAAGGCAGUGAGCCUCCAGCUUCCAUCUUAAUCACAAAGCCAGAUUUUCCACCACCACCAAUUCCUACAUCUAUAUCUGGUAGAGCAAGAGUUCCUGAAGUCACCCCAAACGUUAUUAGGACUUCCUGUAUCACCAAUAACUAUUUCUUGUUGUUCAAGCUAUCUGGAGUUGAGUUUUUUCCGUCUCUGACACGAAGUCAUCCUAACUAG